UGAAAAAAAAACCUUUCAAAAAGCACUGUUUUUUGGGUGGAGGGAAAAUCCAAAAACCCUAGAACCCUAAACAUCAAUGGCAAGAAGAUGCCUAAGACUAACCUGUUCCUCCGAUGAAGAAGAAGAACUCGAAAACGAACCUAGACAGGAAAACUCAGCCGUCACUCACCAACCCGUAACUCUAUCUCCUCCUAACCUUAGCCCCGCCGAACCACUCUUAAUCUCCGACGACGAUUUCGUCGAUGUCUCUGAAAGCUUCACUCCUCCCUCUCCUCCUAUGGCGGAGGAAACAGCGGUUCCGGUUACAUCAGUGGAGAGCUCUGGCUCUCCGAUUGGAGACUUUCUUUUAAGAAUAGGUCUCAAAUUGAGGAGAGAGUGGCUGGAUUCUUGCGUUCAAGGGCUGGAGAGCUCGGUCCCUAGGUUUUCGACUCUCGAUGUUUCUGAAAAAGCGAAGCUUUGCUUUCAACAGUUCUUGAUUUCUGAUAUGAAUUAUUCUGGCGGCGGUGUUCUUCCCGAGAAUGUCGAUUCCAUGCAUCUUGUUGAUCUCAAAGGACCCUUCGUCUUGCAGGUUGAUGAGAUAGUAAAUAUCAGUUGUCCACUAAAGGGAAGGUAUCAGGAUGCGCCUUCUGGGAUCAAGAGGUGCCUUAAAUUAUCCAUGACAGAUGGUGUUCAACGCGUAUUUGGAAUGGAAUACAGGCCUAUUAAAGAUCUCCAAGUUUUGGCUCCUGCUGGACUAAAGGUUGCCAUCUGUAAUAUACACAUACGACGUGGGCUUCUUAUGCUGGUCCCUGAAGGUUUAGAAGUUCUAGGGGGAGUGGUUGAGGACUUAGAAGCAGCACGACAGCGUCUUGUUAACGAAGUAAACAAGCCACCUAGGGGUAAAAGAACAAAGACGGGAGUGGUUCCUCCUUUAGCAAGUAGAGCAACUCUUGCUGCAUGGCCACGGAACGGUGUUAAUGCUGUUGAGCCCACUAACAGUUUGACAUCACAAAAUGCAGCUCCCUUUCAGGCAGAUGAAAGAGGUGCUACUUUGGUUUCAUCUAGCACUGUUACUACUCAAAGAACUCUAGAGGAUCCUACUGUUCAUAUGGGUGGGGUGAAUCCCAUGCCUAAUUCAUCAUCCGAUGUUGCUUUGGAUGUUGAGAGGAUGCAUAUUGAUAGUGUUCCCAUUAGCAGGGAAAAUUCUGUGUCAAACUCAAACUCCAAUAGUGCCCCAGAUGUUGAGCAAAUCCAUAUGGUUGAUGCUGUUGAACAUCCUCUUAUACUGUCCGGACACCGAGAAGUCCCCUUUACCUACUUAGCUAGUUUGUCAGCCAAGUGGGUUGCUAUUAAAGAUAAAGCUACAUAUGUACAGGGAAAAAUUAAGUGCUUCUUGACUGGUGUAAAGGGAUUCCAGUAUAAGCAAAGGACAACUUAUGAGCUACAGUGUUAUGUUGAUGAUGGCAGCCUCAUUUCCGAGGUCCUCAUUGAUCACAAUGUUGUGCAGAAAGGAAUAGGUCAUUCACCGCAAGGGGUCACUGCUGCUCUUUCUUCUUCAGACAAACAAAUAGUUAGUGGUAUGAAGGAGACUAUGAGGCAGUUCCAGUCAUUUUUAGCACAUUUUGAGGGAAUGGUGCUUGUAGAGUUUAACAAAACAUCUUCUCUUCCAAUUGCCAUGGAGAUGACUCAGGGCUGCCCUGCAUCUGAUGCACGGUUGCUUCUUAGAAGAUUGAAGCCUUCUGCUUCUUCUCAAACUCCAGAGCACCUGCCAUUGGAUCCCAUAGACAUAUCCCCUUGAUUGGCUUGCAUAUUAGGACCAUGUCUGCUAGAUGUUGGAACCAGUGUUAGAAGAAUUUGCUACUUGCCCUGUGGUUUUCAAAUUGGAUUGCAUGAUCCCAAUUGCAGAUCAUGAUUACUUUGCUUACACAUUACAGUCCAAUCUGGAAAUCAAGCAUUCAUGGUGCUUCCAGGAUUUUCUUUGAAUUCUUUCCGAAACCGAAGGACUGAAGGAGAGAUUUUGCUAAGAAACUGGUGAGAAAAUCCGGAUUGCAAAGUGUUAGAAGACCAAUGAAGAGACAGAGCAUCGAAGAUAUCAAGGUUGCAUCUUAAAAUUGAAUUGGAAAAGAGGGAUUUGGAGUUGAAAUAUAUAAAUUGUCUAACAGAACUUACGAAAACAACUUUAAUGAUUACAAUUAACUUCAUUAAUUUGUUAGAUUUUCAAUAAAACCCCAUUGUACUCCUAUAAAUGCAAAUACAUGUUUCCAAACAUACAAAGGAAUUUCCACCCUGGAGUCUAAGCUUUGCCCUGUUUUAAGCAUCUAACUUUAUUACUUUCUGCUGCAACCCAUGUAUUUCCAAGGCUUAGGACACCAGGCUCCCAUCCAGAGAAAAAAACUUCUUCACUCUUGCCAAAUCGGGUAUCUUCUUGCUAAGUGCAGUCGCGUGGGAAGAUCCAGGUCUGGACGUUAACAGCAAGCGGUUCCACCAAUCUAUUAUCUCAGGGCAAAACACCUCCCA